AUGAAUUUGUAUCAAACAUUUUUAUUUAUUAUUAUUUUUACACUAUUAAUAACUCAAACUUUUAAUAUCCCACAUACACCAUUAAAAAGAAUGAUUGUAAAUAAUUUAGCAGAAGAAGCUGUUAAACAAUACAAUAAAGAAUACAAUGAUGACGUUUCAUUUGUUUAUAUCAUGAGAUCUAAAUAUGAGAAUUUUGGAAUCCCACAUUAUAUUCUUAAAAUUAAAGCACAUUUAAAUCAUUGUAAAAGAAGAGGUAAUUGUUGGAGAUUACUUGAUGCAAGUAUUUAUGGAAAUCCAGAAGGCCCCAAAGAAAAUUUAGAUAUACAAGUAAAAAUAUUAAAUUAA